AAAAAAAAAAUUGCAGCAGCAACUGUCUGACACAUCUGGACUGGAGAGGGGGGGAGGCCUGGCUGUAGCGUUAGCGAAAUACUGAGGGGAAUGGACCACAUCUAAUGAUCAUUUGCAAGACGGUGAGUUUGCUUGCUCUAUCCUUUAGCCAGGAAGUGAUAACUAUAAUAUUAUAGUAUGUGACGAUACAUUGGGGCUUUUUUUAGGUGCAGAAAACUGGAAACAGAAACCCGCGAGCGAUCUGUAGCUACAGCACCAGCUAGCAUUAGCCCCUGUGCUGGCUGCCAUCAAACUGGAGAAAUAUAUUCAAGAGAUGGACGACGGCAGCUACAUCGAGUUUGAUGUGCCGGAGUUCAGUAAUACUGUUCUGACUCAACUCAAUGAGUUGCGGCUACAAGGGAAGCUUUGUGACAUCAUUGUUCACAUUCAGGGCCAGCCGUUUCGAGCCCACAAGGCUGUUCUGGCAGCAAGCUCACCCUAUUUCCGUGACCAUUCAGCUCUCAGCACCAUGAGUGGCCUUUCCAUUUCUGUCAUCAAAAGCCCUGAGGUGUUUGAGCAGCUACUUGCUUUCUGCUACACAGGUCACAUGUCCCUUCAGCUGAAGGACAUAAUCAGUUUCCUCACGGCAGCCAGCUUUCUUCAGAUGCAGGCGAUCAUCGACAAAUGCACCCAGAUCCUCGAGGGAAUCCAUUCUAAGAUCAGUCUCCCAGUGAAUGUGUGCAGCCCAGGGAAGGAGACGUUAAAGACAAGUCGCAAUGGUGUGAAUGACAGCAACCUCUUCAUUAACCCCACCCAGAUCUCCCCCCCUUAUUACUCCCGUCAUCUUCAAGCAGGGCCCGAAGCACGGUUGGAGGUGACGGCUAAAGCCCAGGGCCGGGUACGGCAGAACCAAGAGGAGGCCCAGUCAGACCGUGGAAGUAGUGACAGCGUGUCGGAGCAUGAUGCAGCGGUGGAAGUUGAAACGGAACAGGUGGAACUGAUUGGCAAAGAUGGUCAAGUGACAGAUGUACAUGUGAAGAUAGAGAAGGUCAGUAGGCCAACAUACUCUGACAGUUCCUCAGCUGGAGACGAUGGUUACCACACAGAGUUGGUUGAUGGAGAACAGAUUGUGGCUGUAAGUGUGGGCUCCUACGGUCCUGUAAUCCAGCCUGCCGCCUAUUCCUACUCAGGGCUUUCCUCUCAAUGCUUUGUCAACCUUAGCAAUUCAAGUCCCACUCGCUCCAUGCUUAGCGGUUUCAGAGGCGGACGAGCCAGAGCCAAGCGUCCAAUGGCCAUGCCGUCAAGUGUGCUGAGUCACAUCAAAUCCGGCUCAGACGAUGCUGACUCAGCUGUUGGCCCCACAGGUUUGGAAAACGAUGUGCGAGAGCGCAGCUUGCGCAGUCAGUGGUACCCCUACAACGAGAGACUGGUUUGCAUUUACUGCGGAAAGACCUUCAAUCAGAAGGGGAGUCUGGAUCGCCACAUGCGCCUGCAUAUGGGAAUAACCCCAUUUGUUUGUAAAUUCUGUGGCAAAAAGUACACAAGGAAAGACCAGCUAGAGUACCACAUCCGAGGCCACACGGACAACAAGCCCUUCCACUGUCAGAUCUGUGGCAAGUGCUUCCCGUUUCAGGGCACCCUCAACCAGCACCUGAGGAAGAAGCACAUGGGAGCAUCAGAAGUCAACAAUCACAUGGACUCCCCAGAAAGAACGGAGGGGGAAAGCUCAUGCCAAAAGGAGCCGGAGGAUGCAUCGGAGGGAAUGGUCUUUGAGACACAAUAUGCAGAAGAGGCACCGGCCAAUGAUAUAGAGGAGAGUUCGAAAUGCAGUCCGGAGGAGACCCAAGCAUCAAGAUGUGACUUUUAGGUCUUGCUUCAUGUUAAGGAAGCUUUAAUUACAAUUUAUUUCAACACAUGUUCAAAGUACUAACUUCUUUCUGAAUAAGCUCCCUCUGCUACGGACUUGUCUUGAGUCUAGGGUUUCUGACGAUUUUCUGAACAGUAGAUGCAUAGAGAAAAUGGGUGCUUUAUAAAAAUUCUUUUACGCAAAGGGAGUACAAAUUUACUAUUUUUAGGAGGUCCCAAUAAUCAAGACCUUCUGGUUAAUUUCUCUUUUUAUCUUUCCAUGUUUUUUAAAACAUAUUUACAGAGUUAUAUAGGCAUGUUGCAAUAAUGAAUAAUGUGAAAGCUCUGGUAAGAUGCUUGUCAUAUCACCUUUUUACCUGAUCUGUUUUUGCACAUGUGGCCACUGGAGGUCACUUACUCACAAGGAAUGAUUUUUUUUUUCUCUGCCAGUGCAAAGCUUCGUGUGACAUAUCUGUUCAAUACCUCAUGAUGCAACUACACACUCAUAACAAACAGUAUUUUAACUUAAAUGAAACUCACCGGGUUCUACCUCAUAGCCAAGAACCUACCAAGCACAGAUGUUCUAACAGUUUGAAAUCAGUUUAUGGUAGUAUGUACUAACAGUUUGAAAUCAGUUUAUGGUAGUAUGUACAGUUUAUCUUAUUGCCAAACGCUGUAAAAAAAAAUCUUUAUUUCAACACAAAGCCUUGAUACUUCAAGGGGAAAUAUUCCUCACUGAUUGUCGGGAUUUGGGACAAAGUCUCCAUCGGCCGUCUGACGGUCAGCAAGGUCACAAUGAGGAUUAAGAAGGUGCUAUGAUAGGAGUGCAUUCAAAUUGUCAGCUCCAGCUUUUGUGCUUAGAACACAUGGAGAACAGAGUAAGAACACAAUCCUGCUGUGUUUUUAAGAUACACUUGUGUUAUUUUGUUUUUAUUAUUUGUUAUACAGAACACUUAAGGAUUUUAUCACUUACCACUACUGCAAGUUUUACUCUGUUGGCCAAAGCAUUGUUAUAUGUUCUCCCAUCAGGAUGAUGGGAGAGUUACACUCAUACAGUCAAGUCAUUUCUUUCUUUUUUUUUUUUUUUUUUUUUUUUUUUUUAAUUUGUCUGGAAUAUUGUGCGCGGAGUUUCAAAAAAUAUCUCAAGGUGGGCUUCUAACGUAAUACUCAGUAUCUCCUAAUAAGCUUGUGGACUCAUUGUCAGCUUAGCACAGAUGGAAUACUCUGAGCAAUAUGCAAAAUGAAAAAAAAAACAAAGGAAUCUCAGCCAUUCUGACAUGGUUUAUGUUGCAUUGAACAAAGAAGCUUUUGCCUAUUUUUUUAAGCCACCUUCCCGACUCAGAACACGAUUUUUUAGUUGUUAUUUCAGUACUACUUUUAUGUAUUUUCAUAGAUGUGGAAAUAAGGUUUAAUUGAGAUUAACGUUUUGACAAAUAGUUGGCGUAGUGAUUCUAAGAAUAAUGAUUUUAAGUAGAGAUGCACUUUGUGGUUAGUUUGGGGAUGGGUGCUGCCCUGGUGAUUUCAUCUUUGGUCUCAAUCCCAAUAGUUUCCCAGUGGGGCUUAUUUCACAGCAGCAAGGUGAACUCAAUUGUUGUUGACUUUGAUUACAUUCUGCAAUGUCUUAUGCUAUUAGAUAGAAAUCACGCAGAAGAGGGUUUUAUCCAGGAGUUACAGGCUCAGUACAAAGGAGAGUUUUGUUUCCUGUGCGAUUUAAAAUAAAUGGAAAAAAACAACUCAAUAUCGUAAAAAGGCACUUAAGGAUUUAUUCCUCAAAUGGUUUGUGCUAUUUUUACCUCAGACGUUUUUUUUUUUUAUUUCCGUGCUUGGCCCUUACAAAAUCUGUUGCAAUAAACAAAUUAAGAUUUAAUUAUUCUAAAUAGUUUUCAUAUAAGUUUUAUGUGGUGUUUAUGUGGUGGGAGGAUAUUUAGCCUUUUCUGAUUUCUGUUGAGGAUGCAGUCCUUUCUGAUUUUUUUUUUUUUAUAAGUGUCUUUUUUUAAUCAUUGACAAUUGUUAGGGACUUUUGCAAAGAAAAAUCAGUAUAGCUUGUUUUAUUAUUAUUUCUGUACAAAUUGAUCACACUCAACAAUAGUCUGUCAACCAGUAACAUGCUUUGUGGAUAAAAAUAUAGUUUAUGUCUGGAUUAUCAAAGGUUCAUGCAGAUCAGAUCUCACCAAAAUCAGUUACUGAAUUCAUUUAAACCUCACAGUGAUUAUGUUUGUUUUUACUUGGACAAAAAUUAUUGCUUUUUAAAUAUUAUCUGUUUUAAAUAAAUGACUUAUAGGUACAUACUGCUAAAUUCAUUUAGGUGCCAAGCUAUGCCAAAGAGUAAUAGAUGAUUUUGAAUCAUGGCAUGUAACUGAUCGCUCAUUAGAAAGUCUAGGUUUUCAAUUAGUACUUAAUCGCCAUUCACUAGUUCCAUUUAUUUCCCAGCUUCUACAGCCAAAAGUGAACAUUUUGGACAAUUUGCUUAGAAGAAAUGAAGCAGCAAAAAGCAUAGCUCCCAUGAUUUCUUAAGCCAUAAUAAAGCUGAUAACAGAAAAAGUGCAAUAGGAAUCGUAGUUUUUCUCAAAGCUUGUGCAAGAACAAAAUAGAAUUGUUUGGGGUGGCAUCUUUAACAUAGUGCCUUGCCACAAGCUUUACAUUUUAUUCCCUUUGGCACUUAGAUUUUUGUGCCUCGUCAUGUUUGAAGCUAUUACAAGCUGAUGUUUUAAGUAGAUUAUGGCCAGAUUGUUGGUUUUUAAGCAGUGCCAAACGCAAAUCCAAGGUAUGCUUUUCUUUAUUUGGAUGUUCUGCUUCAAGUGUGUCAUGAAAUUCAAGCUGCAGUUUUGUUUCGGCAUAAAAUGAGCAUCUGGUUUGUUGUUGAAACUGGGUUUUGUAGCAGUGAAACACAAUCAGGCAUACCUGUGCCUCAUAGCUUGACUACUUGGGACAAUCGGAGCACGCUAAGCAGUAUCUACCAAACGCUGGGGACGCAUGGCAGGAAUGAAAUUGGCUUCCUUUUUGAAUUGUUGGAGCUUUUCACAGGGAAAUUAUUUGUGCCGGAAAAAGUUGACCUUUAAAUACUGUAGCCAAACGGCGUGUACAAAACCAUCAAAUUUCAUUGAGGUUUUUAUUUUUUUUUAAUGUUCAGGUUUUCUUGUUUUUGAUUUGUGCACUUAACGUGAUUUUUUUUUUUUUCUGUGUGUGUGUGUGUCCAAAAAAAACAAACAAACACAAACUAGUCCAUCCAAGUCUUUAUUUACACAUAUAGUUACAAUUCCCUCCAUGAUGGUGGAAGGAAGGGACCUCUUUCUUUCUUUUAAGUGGUGCUUUUAAACUUGUGUCAUUCGCCCACCCCCUUCUUUUUUAUUUGAUUUUUUCUGUCUUUGGAGGUUCAGAAAGCAAGUCCAUGUACCCAUAACUGGGGGACGGAAGCAACAUUCUUUAAAUGCUCUUUAUGAACUCUACUUACUUCUGUCAUGUCAUAAAUUUACACAAAACUUGAAUCAACUCCCGUCAGUGUUGAGUUCCACCCCUCCUUCGAGUAGCAGGAGAUGCAUUCUGGGCCGCGGCUAUCAAAGGAAGUGUUUACAUGGAAGGCUGUCAGACUACUUUCUGAAAUUGCAGCAUGUGCUUUUCCUUUUAAUAUAAUGAAUUCACUUCAGGUAGUUUAUGAACACUGAUACAAAAACAAACAAACAAAAAAUCACGUCUUCCAUAGCUUUUCUGUCAGCUUCUGUCCACUGUGUAUUAUUGAAAGAAAAGCAAUAACCUUUUUUUUUUUUUGGUAAAAGAGGUAUAUAGGGAUCAUAAAAGCUAUUACAAUAUUGACUUGUCAUCUGUCAAACAAACAAAACAUCAGGGAGCUUUUGAAUUAGGACCACAAAUAAUUGGAUAUUGAUUGAUUUCGAGAUUACUUUCUACAAAAGUGACAGGUCAACUUCAAAAAACUUGUUGUAAUAAGUAAACUGUAACAUAGAAACUCGUUUUCAGUCAUCGAACUCAGCGACACUGUUCCGAGUCGCACCUCCAGCUGAGUCGAGUAAAGAAAGGGAUUUUUUUGGGCCGUAUUGCCACUGUUUGGGAGCGGGUGUCCUGUUGGCAUGGUGAUGUUCAGGGAUCCCUAUUGGUUGUCAAACUGUUUGGGAUCAGAGAUGAUUUGUUUCUUUUACUUUUAAACCCUGCACUAUACUGUUUCUUGGUUGUGUGUUGUAUUUGGUAACAAGACAAAAAAAGUAACACGGAACUCAGGGUUUUCAGCUAGUGCAGCCGUGCUCCUCAGUCAGCGAUUGGCAGCCCUUCCUCAGUGAGCCUCCACAGAGGCCCCCCCCCCCAGAGACCAUGAACGGAACCAUGACAACACCAACACCCCAGUCCCUGUUUGUCCACUCUACACACAACCUCACAACUCAACUGUGAACCUCAGAACUCUACUGUUUUUACAACUAUGAAGUAAAUGAAGCUAGCUAGAGCUGACGUAUCUAUUGCCAUUUAUGAAUUUAUUUUAUAGCAUGAAAUAGAUAUAUUUAUUCAAAUGAUAUAUUUUACUCAUAAUCAUUCUGUGCUGCUUCAUUUUGGUUCUUAAGCUUGUAAAUUGCCUUUUUAUUAUAUGAAAAAUGUCCAUAGAAUAAUGCGUUUAUAAAAUAAAGGCGCACAUUUGGCAACAA